AUCCCAGGAAAGAUUCUGGAGCAGAUCAUUAAACAGAGAGUCAAUUACAAUUACAGUACAAGCCCCUUCUGUACAAAUCUUGCCAAGAAAACCCCAUGACAGGCAGACAAGAACAACAACAAAGUUCUGGAAGAGUGUCCCCAAAUGCUGGUCUUCCAGAUGUUUGCCACUUCAAUGCCCAGAAUCCCCAGCCAGCUUGGUCAACAACCAGGAAUGCUGGGAGGUGCAGUCCACCACAUCUGGAGGACCAAAAGCUUGGGAACCACUGGGUUAAAGCAAUAAAGCUGUGGUUCCUAGAAAAGCCUCUAGUGCCUAAAUAGCUUCCUGCUCCACCUCCUUUCUGCUUUAUUUUUAAAGCCAAAAUUGAGGGGGUUUUUUUGGUUGGUCAGCUUGCAUUUCUGGGUAGAGGCUGUUGCUAGGAUUGGAAAUGGAGCCACCAAGUCCACCUACGGACCUUACUUUGGAGAAAGCAACAAGAAAAGGCACCAGUGCCAACCCUACAGAUCGUGCUGAAGAGCUGCCAUGGUGCCUAGCCCCCAAAAGGGUCAAGCAAGACCCCGAUGGAAGACCAGCGAAAGAAUGGGAAGACCAAUGGCACAAAUUUCUGAGGGCCUUGGAUCCCUUGCACUUAGUAUGGGGAGCCCCACAGUUGAGGGACUCCGGUCCGUGGGAUGAUGCCAAAGCUUUCCUGGCCUCCUUUGAACAAGUGGCUGAAGCUUGCCAGUGGCCCAGAGAAGAGUGGACAGCCCGGCUUCUACCGGCCCUCAGUGGCGAAGCCAAGCUGGCCUUUAGUGGCCUAGAUGCCCAAGACAGGGAGGAUUAUGGGAAAGUGACUGCCGCCAUUUUGCGAGGGGAAGCCAUCAGAUCAGAGGCGCAGCGCCAACACUUCCGGCAGUUCCGCUACCAGGAGUUGGAAGAACCGCGGAAGGUUUACAACCGACUGCAAGAGCUUUGCCACCAGUGGCUGAAGCCAGAGAGACGCUCCAAAGAGCAGAUCCUGGAGCUCUUGAUCCUGGAGCAAUUCUUGGCCAUCUUGCCUCCAGAGAUCCAGGACUGGGUGCGGGAAUGCGGGCCAGAGAAUGGUGUCCAAACAGCAGUGCAGGCCGAGGAUUUCUUGAUGAGCCAGCAAGAGGUAGAGAUGUGGAAAUGGCAGGUGCCAGCGGCGUCAAAAGCUGGAACGGUAAAUCCACUGGAGCCUGGGAAGAGACCACUAUACACGGAGGCCAAAGAGCAGGGUGAUGUGGUUGCCGAAUCCCCAGAGACUGGAGUAACUCUUCCCAGUCGUUCUGCACCACUAGUUCUGUCUGAGAGACAGGAAUUGCAGGAUCCAGAGCCAACAGAGGGGUCUGUAGACUUGGAGCUGGCUGUGCAUUUCACUGAGGGUGAAUGGGCCUUACUGGGUCUAAGCCAGAGAGCUCUCGACAGGGAGGUUCUGAAGGAUAACUGUGAGAAUGGAGCAUCUUUCGAUUAUCCAGCAACGAUGGAGGUGAAACAGGAGAUCCUUCAAUGCGAUGGUCCUGAGAUAGCUGAAGGCCAUGAGUUGUACCAUGAGAAGUCCCAUGGGGAUGAGUCUCUGAAGCCUGCGAUCCACAAGGGAGACUGUGAAUGGGAGCAGUUUCAGGGGAGGAAGCCAGGGAGGAGAUGGCAUGGGUCUGUUCCACAAACAGAACAAAUGAGAGGCUUUAACAAAGUCCUGUGCUACAAGAGAGAGAGAAAGCAUCCUUGCCCUGAAUGUGGGAAAAGAUUUCACUACCGAUCCCAGCUUGCAAAACACCAGCUGAUCCACACUGGCAUCAGGCCCUACAAAUGUGUUGUCUGCGGGAGGAGCUUCCAGAGGAAAGACAAUCUUUUUGCACAUCAGAAAAUCCACACAGGAGAGAAGCGUCACGGUUGCCCCGAGUGUGGGAAAAGCUUCUACGACAGAGGUAAACUGCUGAGACAUCAGAGAAUCCACUUGGGAGAGAAGCCAUUCGACUGUCCCGGGUGUAAAAAGGGCUUUCCAAACAAAGGAAACCUCCUUGUACAUCAGACAACCCACACAGGUGAGCGGCUGUAUGAAUGCUCUGAGCGUGGGAGACAUUUCUACAACAGGAUCAGAUGGAAUAGGCAUCAGAGGGUUCAGACUGGGGAGAAAACGUUCGACUGCCCGUGGUGUCGUAAGCGAUUCUCUCGGAAAGGAAAUCUUGCUGCCCACCAGAAAAUCCACACAGGGGAGAAGCCAUACCCAUGCUCAGAGUGUGGGAAAAGCUUUGGCGAAAAAGCCAAGUUGAUUAGACAUCAAAGAAUCCACACAGGAGAAAAACCUUUCUCAUGUCUGAUGUGUGGGAAAAGCUUUAACCAGCGAGAAACCUUGCUGAGGCAUCAGCGAGUCCACACAGGAGAGAAACCUUACGAAUGCCUGGAGUGCGGGGAGCGCUAUGGUCAAAAAGAGACACUGCUUAGACAUCAGAGAAUGCACGAGGGAGAAAACAUCAGUUAUGUGCCAUAAAGGGGGAGUAGGUUUUGUUUAAAUCAGGCAUGGGCAAAGUGCAGUUUAAGCAUCACAUGCAUCUCUUGUGGCCCCAAAGUGCCACCCCCCCCAAACCUCCAACUCCCUCACUGUUUGGUUCAGACAAAACAAGAAGUUAUAAUUAAAUGAAAGAUUACCCGGUCUGUUUGCCAGCUUGCAUGAACAUGCUAUGGGCGUACACAAGAGAUUUCUUUAUAUCUUGUCUGAUAUGUCAAUGUUAUGAACCCACAGCUGUCCAAAUUUCACAAAAAUGCAGUUAAAACAUAUUUUUGAAUGCAUGUGCAGAACAGAGGGAAGGAACUAAAAAAAUCAAACGUGUUUUGUGCAGAAGCAAAGAAAGGCAGUUGGAAAAUGUCUCCGUUUUCGCAGUUACUUAUGGGUUGAGGAGAGCAGGAGUCAAGCUGUCUGUUGUUUCCAGCAGCUUCUGUACUUUGAAAAAAGGUUUGUUUUCUGUUUUGUUUAAAAACGAAUAAACCACAACUGUGUACACAAAAGAAGUUUAGUGAGAAAAUGGACAUGAAGGACAACUGAUUCAGAGGACAAUACUGAUGCCUUAAAUUUUAGGUGAAGUUCACUAGUGUUUGGUGACUUAAAACUUUUCUUGUGUUGUGGACAGUCUUUUCCAAGCUGCUGCUUUUUCUUUUUGACUUUUUUGCAUUACAGCUACUGUGGGAAUGUGCAUUCUAAUUCAAGUGUGUUACAAUCAGAAUGGUGAAUAAAGAGUUUCAA